AUGAGGGAAAAAUCAGAAGAAAGCAGUGUCCUAGAAGGUGCUGAGAAGGUGUCAGAAAAGAGGGAGCCUCAGAGGGCAAGCCAGCUCCGGCGGUUCAGCCUGCCGGCAGCCGCCUUCGAAAAGCGAGCCCUUCCGGAGGCUGCGGCCUCGGCCUCGGCUGUGCGCUGUACGCAGCACGGAGAGCCUCUCAAGCUCUACUGCCAGGACGACGGACGUGCCAUCUGCGUGGUGUGUGACCGUGCCCGCGAGCACCGUGCACACGCAGUGCUGCCACUUGACGAGGCGGUGCAGGAGGCCAAGGAGCAUUUGGAUUCCAGGUUGAGGGUCUUGAAGAAGGAUCUGGAGGACUAUGAGGUGUUCCGGUCUACAGAAGAGAAGGAGAGCAAGGAGCUACUGAAGCAGAUGGCAGCAGAGAGAGAGAAGGUUGGGGCAGAGUUCCAGGCACUGCGGGCCUUCCUGGUGGAACAGGAGGGUCGACUCCUGGGCCGCCUAGAAGAGCUGUCCUGGGAAGUGACACAGAAGCAAAAUGAGAACCUGGCCCAGCUAGGAGGUGAGAUCACUCAGCUUUCCAAGCUCAGCAGCCAGAUCCAGGAGACAGGUCAAAAACCUGACCUUGACUUCCUCCAGGAAUUCAAGAAUGCACUAAGCAAAUGCAGCAAUGUUCCUGCUCCAAAGCCAACCACAGUCUCCUCUGAGAUGAAGAAUAAAGUCUGGAAUAUCUCUCUCAAGACCUUCAUCUUAAAAGGACUGCUGAAGAAGUUCAAAGAGGACCUUCAGGGGGAGAUGGAGAAAGAGGAGAAAGCGGAGCUCACCUUGGACCCCGACACAGCCAACCCUCGCCUUAUCCUCUCUUUGGACCUUAAGAGUGUGCGCCUUGGACUGCGGGCUCAGGAUCUGCCCAGUCACCCUCGCCGCUUUGAUACCAACACUCGUGUCCUGGGAUCUUGUGGUUUCUCCUCUGGGCGUCACCACUGGGAGGUGGAAGUGGGCUCAAAAGAUGGCUGGGCCUUCGGUGUAGCCCGUGAGAGUGUGCGCCGCAAGGGCCUCACGCCUUUCACCCCAGAUGAAGGUGUCUGGGCACUGCAGCUCAACAACGGGCAGUACUGGGCCGUCACCAGUCCUGAGCGGACGGCCCUCAGCUGUGGGCACCUGUCACGAGUGCGGGUGGCCCUGGACCUGGAGGUGGGAGCUGUGUCUUUUUACGCUGUAGAGGACAUGCGCCACCUCUACACUUUCCGAGUCAACUUCCAAGAGCGUGUGUUCCCCCUUUUUUCUGUCUGCUCCACGGGCACUUACUUGCGAAUCUGGCCUUGAGGAAGGACAGCUUCCCAGGAGGAGAGUGAAUGCCUCUCUUGGGAGUCUAAUCUCAGUUUUGGGCCUGCCUCCACACUUCUGCUCCAGGCUGCCUCACAGAGCACAACGUGGGAGGCACGAAGCGUUGAUUGACUGUGGAAAAGGCCUCUGUGCACAACUGGGAAGAGAUGCCUUGGACCCUUGGGGCCUUUUCCCUCCUAUUGAUGGUCAUAUAAACUUGGCUUUAAUUGUGAAGAUGUGGAUGUCUGUGAGGACAAAAUCCCAGUUGUUGGCAUGGGUGCUUCCUAUCACAUGAAAUUUUCUGCCCUGAUUUAGAAAGGGCUGUGGUUCCAUGGAACAAUGCUACGCAGUGAUCCUGAUGCAAGAGGCAGGUUUGACCCUGAGCCAACCAUGUUCAUUAUCAAUUUAUCUUCUUGCCAGCUCUGCCUUGAGAGGUCACGAGACCUCUGGCUCUAGCUGGCCUAACCAUCUACUGAGGAAAGAGCAUUGUCUUCCCAGCUCAAGAGUUCAGUCCGGUUAGAACUAGAAGGAGAUCGUUGACCCAAGCAUGAAGGAGAAGGUGACGACUGUUGUACUAUGGGCCUCACUACUCUCCAACACCCCUUAGCCUGAUAAUGCGGAGGGAUUUGUGCAUUCUUGACCACAAAGCAACCGAUGUGUGUUUUCACAGAUACCUAACCUGUUUUCCAGCAUCAGGGCAGAGGUUCCUCUGGGUGAGGAGAUCAAAGGUCCUAGAAUGUUGAAACACAUAUCAAUACAGAUACUUUUACACAUGCAACUAGCACUAGCAUAGAAAUGCACAGAAGCGAAACAUGCUCCCCAUAGACUUUUUGGAACUUGCCAAAUGAAUGCACAAUAGAAUAUUGUGUGCCAAAGCCUGCUCAGCCUGUGCCCAGGGGGGUAUUCAGCAAGCAUUAUCCUCCUGGCUGAUUGUUCCCCAGCUUUUGGAUUCUGGGAUUCUGGGAAGGAGAUUGUGGGCUGUACUCUGCUUAUUGCACCUGUGGGAAGGGCCAUAGGGAGAUGGAUAUACAAAUUGUGAGCUCAUUUCUACAGAUGGCUUGACCUGUUCUCAUCUUUUUUGGUCUGUUUACAGAAGGACAAGUCUGAGCAAGGAUUUCUACUAAUAAUAACUAAGCAUUGAUGUUUGUGUAUAUGAGAAAUAUGGAUGCAUGUAUUUAUACCUAACAUUUGGGGUGAAGAGCAUGUGGAUUUCAGACAGGGCAUUUCUGAGUAGGUGCGUAGGGUUUAAGUGUUGCAAAUAGAUUUAAGUCAACUGGUCAUAUCCUAUUAUUGAUUUGUUGUUAAAUAUUAGCUAACUGUAUUAGUUACUUUCCCAUCACUGGGACAAAAUACUUGACAAC